AUGUCUCACGUGGACUGGGUGGGCGUGGUUUCACCACGGGUGGAGGUCGCUGUUGUCGGGCAGAACAAGGUCGACGGCGUACCUUUCAGUGUGUCUGGUCAGGUUUUAGUGGUUUUAGACAUGGAUAUCAACAAGCCCCGAAGCGCUAACCAGACUUUGCCUUCUUUGAAGUUGUCAAAUGGAUACAUCUUACCUGAGGGCAAAUUGACUCCUAAUGCCCUCUUUGUUGGCGGGAUCGACAUGAAGGUGGAUGAAAAUGAAAUGCGGGACUUCUUUGCAAGAUAUGGUACUGUUAAGGAAGUAAAGAUUAUCACAUACCGUGGAGGAAUCUGCAAAGGUUAUGGAUUUGUGUACUUCAGUGAAGAUGUCAACAUUCAGUCAAUCAUUGAGCAACAGAUCAGUUUUAAGGGACGGAAACUCAAGUUGGGCCCUGCCAUCAUGAAAGAAAGGGUCUCUCGGUCGAUGCCGUCGCGUCUGGUUGGCCCCGCUCCUUGGGUGAAUCCCACCCAGUACUUCUACUGUGCUUGCUGCUCACCCAUGGGAGGUGGGGUGCCACAACCUUCGCCCAUCAUAAACGGAGGCAACCCAUAUAAUCAGCCAUACUCCUAUGCCAACUUUGGAGGGGUCAUGAUCCCACAGAUGCCAGUGAAUUACGCGCAGAAUGCCUAUGCCUAUCAGUACACCCCACCUCCCUGGACGGCGGACCAGAGGACACGGCCUGUCAAUCAGAGCUUUGUGGACUGUGGAGUCCAGACCAUGCUGACUGUGCUGUAG